AGGGGCCUGGGGAACCGUCGUCGGUCGUUGUGUUCUGAAAAAGAGCUGGUGGAGGGCGGACGGCUCCCGGUCUGCUUUGGGGUACUGGGGGGCGUUUGCCCCCCCCCGACACUUCCCGCCUCUGCUCAUCGAGAAGCGGGCAAGCAAGGCACGCGCACCCCAAAUCAGCCUAAUUCGCUCGGGGGUGAUUCUGCUCUGGAGGAAGCCCCAACGAGGCGCUAUGGGGCAGAGUUCCUGGUAAAUUCGCAGAAGAAUAAAUGGAUUAACAUGAUAUUUUCCAUGAAUUAAAACAGUUCCAUGUCUUGUUUGGACUGUUCCUGUAUUCUACGGACACGAGUUGAAUCCAUUAGAGUAGAAAAGCAAUUGGAAAACAUCAGUAGUCAAGACUUGACAGAUGAACUUGCUGUAUGUUGGAGUCAAUCAGCUCAAAGAGGAGAUGAACAGAUACCAUGGUCCUCUGAUGUAUCACACUAUGAUCUCCAGGUGGAAAUAGGAAAGGGAUGCAACAACUUAACUUCAAUCUACCUCGCCCGUCAUAUCCCGACAGGAACACUGGUGGCUGUAAGAAUUACAGAUCUGGAAAAAUGUUCUGAAGAACUCUUAAAAGCUUUACAAAAUGAGGUGAUAUUAUCCCACUUUUUCCGACAUCCAAAUAUCUUGACUUUUUGGGCAAUGUUUACUGCUGGAAGGUGGCUUUGGGUUAUUUCCCCUUUCAUGGCUUACAAAGUAUUAAAGCUAGCCACAUAUUGAUUUCAGGGGAUGGCCUAGUUUAUUUGUCGGGCUUAAAUCACCUCUAUAGUUUAGUCAGCAGUGGACAGCAAUUAAAAGCUGUGUAUGAUUUCCCCCAGUUCAGUACAUCUAUGCUUCCUUGGCUGAGUCCUGAACUACUAAGGCAGGAUAUGCAUGGAUAUAAUGUGAAAUCUGACAUCUAUAGUGUGGGCAUUACAGCUUGUGAACUAGCCAAUGGGCAUGUACCUUUUCAGGAUAUGCCUCGCACACAGAUGCUGUUGCAAAAACUUAAAGGUCCGUCUUACUGUCCUUGGGCUAUAAACACUUUUUCACGUGGAGAAUCUAGGAUAAAAAAUUCUCAGUCCGGAAUUGAUUCUGGAAUUGGGGAAAGCAUGACACGCACAAUGACAAGUGAGAGACUACAGACUCCACCUAAAACUUUCUCUCCUGCUUUCCAUAAUUUGAUAGAAUUGUGUUUGCAUCAGGACCCAGAACAAAGGCCAUCAGCAAGAGGCCUUUUGUCACAUGAUUUUUUCAAGCAGGUGAAAGAAGACACAAAGGGUUCAUUACUUUCACUCUUGCCUCCUGCUGUCAAAUGUAGCCAGUCACAAAUACCAACAGUGCAUUCAGCAGCCAUCUGGAAUAAAUCUGAAUGUAGGUUGCCAAAUGAGAAAAAGAUAUAUUGGGAAUUUUAGGAGUACUAAAACCAUACAGGUGGCCCUCAACUUACAACCAGUCAUUUCAUGACCAUUCAAAUGUUAACAACAGAACUGAAAAAAGGGACUUAUAACUUGGUCCUCGGAUUAGCAACCGUUGCAGCAUCCCCA